AUGAGAUUUGGCAUUUAUUGGGUCGUUCAUGUAACUAUGGAUUCAAAAUUUUUGAUUUUUCUUACCUUUUUGACGCUUGGAAAUGCGUUUCCAACAACAAAACUUAAGGCUGGAUAUCAGGAACUCGAUGAAUGGAGUCGUUUUAAAUUGAAACAUUUGACGAAAAAUGAUAAUAUUGAGGUCUACAGUGGUCAAUUUGAAGGCGAUAUCGUGUUGACACAAGAACAAUUGGAAAGUCUGAUGGGUAAAAAUGGAAUUAUUAAGGAAACGAAGCGAUGGAUCAACCAUACAGUACCUUACGUGAUCAAAGAAAAUAAUUUUAAUUUUGAGCAAAUAAACUACAUUCACAAAGCCCUUCGUCAAUUAGAGCUUGUCACAUGUCUCAAAUUUGUUCAAUGGACAGGACAACAAGAUUACCUCGAAGUAGCUGGCGACAUCGCUGGUUGUUGGACCUACGUUGGUCGAAUUGGCAACAAACAAACUCUCCAUUUGGAGCCAAGUGCUCUCGAAGUCAAUUGUUUCCGCUUAGCUACUAUCCAACAUGAAUUUAUGCACGCUUUGGGCUUCGAACACAUGCAAAGCUCCUUCGAUCGAGACGAUUAUGUUGAAAUCAAAUGGGAGAAUCUUUGGCCCGGAACUGAACAUAAUUUUGAAAAAUAUAAUUCUUCAGUAGUUACAGGAUUUGGAGUUCCUUACGAUUAUAAUUCAGUGAUGCAUUAUGGUCCUUUGGAUUUUUCCAUUAAUGGAUUGCAAACAAUUGUACCGAGAGAUCCAAAUGCGAAUAUUGGUCAACGUACGGGAUUGAGUCGGCGUGAUAUUGAGAAAAUUAAUCGGAUGUAUGAGUGUCCUUUAUAA